AUGUCGUAUUUUUUGGGCGAAAAGGCAUUCCCCCUACCACAAACAAGCUUGAACCAGUUUAAGGGCCGAGCAAAUCGCCAUAUUUCUGGAGACAUUGCUGAAGUCAGUAAUGAGAUCAACAAUAUUCAAAAACUUUUUACAAAUGUUGCCGAUAAACUAGAGAAUUUAAGAGAGCCUUAUAGUGAAAACGAUUUUCAAUAUACCGAUGAUGAUAUUGAAGAUUUAUCAGUUUCUGAAAAAGCAAGAAGAGAACAACGAGCCUAUAAUAUUGAUACUGCUUUACAAACAAUAUUUUCCAAUUACAGAGCAUUGAUUGACUUGAAUGCUCGUAAUAAAAUUUUGUCUAACGCAACCUCUAUUGCAGCAGAAAGUUACAGACCUCCUCCAAAUUUUGAAAAAAUUGAUGAAAAUAACAUAAGCUCUAUGCAAACCGAUAACCUAGCCUAUAUUUUAGAUCAGAAAUACAACCAACUGGUAAAUGAAUAUAAUUCCAAAUCUCAAAGUGAAAGAUAUAAUGAUACCGCUUCAAAUUAUGUGUCUAUGAGAGAGCAUAUUUGGUCGAUCAACCAUAGUAAAGCUAUGCCAAACAUCAAUAGAGAAUACAGUGAUUAUGAUGAAGAUGAAGAUGAUGAUUUAGUAGUUGAAGAAACUGUUCAAUCUUAUAAGUGUCCUUUAACAAAACAAUAUUACGAAAAUCCAGUGAGAUCAAGAGUAUGCGGGCAUUCUUUUUCAUCCGCUGCUAUAUAUGAGAUUUUGAAUAAUAGCUAUUUUCAUAGUGACAAAAUUUUAUGUCCUAUUCCUGCAUGCUCUCACCAUUUUAGUCGCAAUGAUUUGGAACCCAAUCCUCAAUUAGAUCGAGAAACCAAGGCAGCAAAAAGACGAGAACAACUUGAACAAGAAAAGGAAGAUCGCAAUAUUGAUCGUCUUUGA